AAGAAUAAGAAGAAGAAGAAGAAGAAGAAGAAGAAAAAGACAGUGGUACUGCUGCUGCUGCUGCUGCGCCGCGACACGACACACAGAGAAGGAGAGUGUGUGUGUGUGUGUGAGAGAGGCAGAGAGAGAGAGAGUGUGUGUAUACAUAUUAUCCAUAUGUAUGAGUGUGUCCGGAUGGUGGAGGACUGUUCCCGGUGAGAAGCACCGAGCCCCGGCCGCAUGAAGAUGCCUCACCGCCGCGUGUAAACGGGCGAACCUCGCGCAGGAGGAGGAGGAGGAGGAGGAGGAGAGGGGCGCAGAGACACAGAGAGGAAGAGGCGAGAGAGAGAGAGUCACAUCUUCAUCUCUUCGGAGGAAAAUCCAGGCAGGAUGUUGCAAGUUUUAGCUUGUGGCGCCGUAGUUUUCCCCGGUCUGUUCUUCGCCUUCAGGAGGAUCCUGCCGUGCGUGUUCAGGCACUGGAGCGAUGCGGACGUGGUGCUGGUCAGCGAGAGGCUGGUGUCCUCCAUCCAUGCCAUCAUGGCAACGACAGCGGGAGUCAUCGUUGUGUCAUCGUGCAGCGGUGACGUCAUUAACGACAGGCACUGGCUGGCCACCUACUUCGUCAUCUGGUACGGCGUACCCUACAUGACAUACGACAUCUUCGCCAUGUACCUCAGCCACUACCACCGCUUCCGCGUCAAAGGGCACGAGGACUACAAGCAGCACUCGCUGAGGACCGUGAACUCCUUCAUCCGCCGAGAGUUCCUGCUGGUGCUGCAUCACAUCGCGCUGCUCACCAUCCUGCUGCCGGUCACACUGGUCCGCGAGUUGUCCUCGAAUGUCAGCUGUGUUUGUUUCCAUGCUCGUGUUUGUUUGCUCAAGCUGCGUGCGCUCUGUUUGUCUGUCCCUCAGUUUUUCAGAAAGGACCAGGGGGACUUCUUCAUCGGCUGCCUGUUUCUAACGGAGCUCAGCACUCCCUUUGUGUCCCUGGGGAAGAUACUCAUUCAGCUCAGCCUCCAGGACUGCUGGCCGCACAAGGCCAACGGCGGCAUGGUACUGUUCACCUUCUUCAUGUGCCGCAUCGCCCUCUUCCCCUACAUGUACUGGAUGUACGGCCGCCACUACGGAAUCCCGCUCUACAGCGUUCCCUUCCACCUGUCGCUGGCCACCAACCUGGGCAACUCGUGCAUCCUGGCGCCGCAGGUCUACUGGUUCGUCCUGCUCUGCCGGAAGGGCUACCGCCUGUACAAGCGCAGCCGCACGCCCGAACCGUCUCCUGCGGUCACGGUCACUGACAAUUCCAAGGAUGAUUGAUAUCCGGUUUCACGAUCGCAUCGCUCAAGCCGCACACUCAGCUACUAACGCAACUACUUCUGCAAAGGCACUAGUUCGACUUUAACAUUUUUCAAACCCCCACCAUCGUACUGUAGUACACCAGGACUGCCUGCUGUCGUUCCCACAAUUCCUGGGCAUUUUUCCGCACACUUUUAAUUCCUCUGUUACAAAAUCUGCUGCCUACGUACGUGGACCUCUCCGCCGAUCUAACUCGACUACUGAAGUUUGAUGAUUUGGGUGUUGUUUGUUUUUUUUGUUUUGUUUUUUUGUGGAUUUGGCUCUAGCCUGGAUCUUGUUGAAGUGCUACCCCGAGUCUGUCCACAUUCUCAACACUGAAGAAAGGGCAUGUUUGCUUCACUGCGGGUGAAACGUGGAACAAACGCACCAAAAAACUGGAGAGGAACUUCCAUGGACAGACAUCUUAUCUCUUACUCCUACUGUGUUUACAGCCUCUGCUGAUUUGGAAGGUCUGUCUUGUGUGUGUGUGUGUGUGUGUGUGUGUGUGUGUGUGUGUGUGUGUGUGUGUGUGUGUGUGUGUGUGUGUGUGUGUGUGUGUGUGUGUGUGUGUGUGUGUGUGUGUGUGUGUGUGUGUGUGUGUGUGUGUGUGUGUGUGUGUGUGUGUGUGUGUGUGUGUUACACUACUACAACUUGUUGUAUUUAUUUUCAUGGUUCUUCUGUUACGUGUCUCACCGUUGUUUCCUCUCAUCCAUUCACUAAUCGGACUCACAAGAAGGAUUAGGAAUAGCAUGUGGGUGCAAACUCGGGCAGCAUUAGCAGGAAGAAGUCUAAGGAACACUCGUCACCUCAUCCACAUUAGUGAAAUAUCUACAUUUGUUAAUACCCGUUAAUGUGAUUUAACCGCUCAUUUUGUUUGCCGUUUUUGCCACCGUGGCGUCAAAACGCCGACUUGCAGACUCACAGUUACAAUCCCACAUUCCUCACCGCAACGUCCAGCACAGACUUAUGAUCCUGGUUCCUAUCGUUUCCAGCAUCCAUCCCCGUUUCCACAGGGGGGGGGGCUCCUGUACGCAUCGUGUUUCCCCCCAGUGAAUUAAAACACUGCGCUAAUGUUCACUCAAUGUUUUCAGGGAUUCGGUUUGGCAAUAUUCCUCCUGUGCCGGAGCUGGGGAACUGUUGCACCAACGAGAGAUUGUCCUAGCUUUUUUGGGGGGGGGGGGGGGGGGGGGACCAUUCUUCAUUUUCAUCGGAAAUCAUUUGUGCUCGGCGUGAAACGCGUCCACGAUACUGGAUGCGGCAAAGUUUCGCCAAGACCUUGAGAAAAUUGCAGAUCAGGCACAACACAACAUGGAUGAGAUCUGGACUAACCCACACCCGAGUACAAGGAUUGGUGAAGUUCAGAUCAUGAAUUGUCUGCUGUGUUUAUCUUAAAUGCGUGUAUAUGUGAGAGCUUCUCGCUGCUGAGAGAUUUGUUUUUGUUUUUUUUGGUAAUAUUAAACUGGAGCAUAGCAGCAUGCCAUAGAAACACUGAAAGCCCCGGCCGACGCAGGGUCGCUCGGGACAACGAUCUUUUGACCUGUCGCUUCCGGUCAAACGGUCGCGGCUGUUUUUUAAGAUUAAUUUUUGUCCUUGGAAAAAUCAGGUGAGAUCUGCCUGUCAAGGCCACAGAGAAGGCGAUCGGGAUGUGUUACGUGUUAUUCCUGAUGUGGGACAAUCUCAGGGCCAAGGUCAGAGCAAUAAGGGGAGCACUGCUGGCUCGCCGGGGCAAACUAAUACAGAGGAUUUAAAAAUUUCAGAGCAAUUCUCCAAACAAAAACAAAAAAUGCGGCCAUUGGGAGUGAUUAUUCCUGAAACAGAAUCUGUAACAAGCGUGGAAGACGACAUUUCAGUAACGGUUAGUUUCCCCAGAGGCUCCAGAGAUUUGCAUGCACCUCACACAGGGCUGUAUAUACUUGUUUUUAGACAUUUAAAUUAAGAAUUUAGUCACAAAAACUAGUUUUUAAUCUUAAAACCUAUAUCAAGAUAUCGUAACCGGACCUGAGGGGAUCUCUUUUUUUUUUUUUUUAUCGUGCGAUGCAAUUCUUUUGGAUUCACAGUUGCAUAAAGACAUUAAUCAUAGACCUAAAGGCAUUUUACUUUUAGAUCUUCAGAAUAUUAUAUUUCUUCAUAUCAAAUAAUGAAUAGGAGAUAUUGUUUCUGCUGGGUUUGUACUCCGCGGAUAAUAUUCGUUGGUCAUUCAAGCUAAAUGCCGAACUGAGUGAUUAAUAAUGUGUUAAUGGCCUUUUUUAAUCUAUGCAAAAGAGGCUGCGGUGCAUCUAUACAACACUAACGUCAAGCCAUAUCUAAUCCACCCACGCCUCAGUGUGUUAUGAUCUUUAUAAAAGUUUUUUGGAGGGCCCCACAUUUACUUAUACUGUACGUUUCCACUGGGACUCCCACACUACAAAUAUUGGAAGAACUGAGUCGGAGGUUUGGAAUUUGUUUUGUGAUGGUCUUUUUCAAAAUCGCCCAUGCAGAAUAUUUACAGUGUGACGACGACAACAACUCUUGCUUCGUUUGAGAAAUCUGAGUUUUGUUAUUCGAAUUCUUGACUCGAUGUGGCUGUGACUAAGCUCGACUGAAAAAGCUCAAAUGAUAAUCCCUAAUCGAAGUCUAAUCCUAAACUGCACCAUUUUUCUGACGUGGCAAUCAAGUUAACAGACUUUUGCGGUUGUGGAAAUAGCGUUUUUUUAAUAACACUGUUUUUUAUCCAUAAUCUUUUUGUCUUUUGUUAUCUGCACAUCGCUGUUCUUUGAUGGUUUUGUGUCAGAAUUCGCUGGUUUCUUCCAUUUUUCCAUUAAAAAUGACCCGACGCAACCGUU